UUGACCAUUCAUGGUUUGGAGCAUUAUGAUAUAACCUGACAACAGAUUGACAGUAGAAGCCGAGCCGAGUUCAUCAACGCGGAUUCCGCUCCAUUUUUGCCGGCAAUCCGCGUCAACUGUCAUUGAAUAUGCCAGAACCUGUAUCACAUCCAUCACAUCCAUAGUUUCUGUUGGGAAAAUUUAUAGCCAACAUUUAUGACAGAAGCUGCUCUUAACACUCCUGGCUUAAUAUCUCCUGUAAGAUGUUGAAGAAUGAGAUCUGUGGAUACAUGUCACUGUUGUACAGCGUCGCUAACAAGCCGCUGGAUCUAUGGUCGAAACACGUAUCCUUUGGUGGCAAAGUUCGUAGAGUGAACGACGAUCUAUUGCAUGGAGAUAAAGUAAUCGAGAUCACCGGGCCUCACGACAACACGAUCCCCACGAGCAUAACUAUUCCUGCCAAGGCACUAGACAUCCUGAACAUAAAACUUCCUGUUCUCAUAUUAGUCGUAAAGAAUUUGAACUUGCGGUUCAAACUGGAAGUUCAAAUAAUAGAUAAGCAACAAUAUCGGAGAAGAUUCUCCUUCAUGACCUACAAUGUUGAAAGACUACCAAGCAUCAAUGCAAGUAUGGCUCGUAUUCCGUUGAAAUUGGAUGACUGUUGGAAUUUCUUAGAGAUAAAUCUUCAGAAUCUAUGUCACCAAGUGUAUAAAACGGAUUAUGAGGCUCUGCAAAGAGUAACAAUCUAUCCGAAUUGUCAUUUAAGAAGAGUGUAUCUGCAAGAUCGUCAUUACAAUGAUGAAAAUCAUGUCGAGCUGUAUCAAGCUUUCUUCAAUAUGUAUAUGUUAAAGCAGGGAAUCAAUUUCAUCGAAAAGUCUUGUCAGACGGAAGAUUGUUAUACAGGACCUUUAGAGCAAUCUGAUUUGAAUUAUUUUGUUAAAGAUAAUUCUAGUAGUACAUCGUUAACAAAAGUGGAUUCAUGUAAAACCGCAAGCAGCAUGGAAAAACUAAAAAGUAAUCUAUCGAUGAACUUAAAUUUAUACAAUUCUGAUACAUUAAAAAGGAAUCACAUGUCACUGGAUGCUUUAAACGAUGCAAUAAAAAAACGGCAUGUUUUUACAAGACAAAGUGAAUGCUUCACAAAAUCUCUAAUAAAUGAUCCAGUUAUAGAAAAUAAGUUAGAAAAAGAUAGUGACGUAACAGAAAAAGUAAUCCAACAUUAUGCAAUGAAAACGCGUAAGACAGGAAACUCCUUACUAAAUAUAAAAAUUAAUAAUCAUACGUCGCGACCUGCGUCUUCUAUCGAAUUAAAAACAAUCAUGAAGAGCCAAUUUUUGAAAACGCAUGUCAGCGAAAUAUUCAAAGAUAAUGGAAUUCCAAAAUAUCCGCAGAAAAUUCAGAAUGCAGGAGAUACAUAUAUUAACUUAACAAACUGCACGUUAAAUGAUAACGCUAAUAAAGUACAGACAGGAAAAGAUAAUUCCACGAUAGUAAAAUUUAAAGUAGAUGCCAUGGGUUCUUCGUCGUCUUUUAAACCCGAUCUAUCUGAAAGCAUUAAGUUUGAUAAUAUAAAUAAUAAUGUGUCUGACAUUCCAAACGAUGGAUAUAUUCGUUCUAAGCAUAAAUAUAUAAAAGAGAAUAAUAAAAGUAUCGCCAAUCGUUUAAGAUCUUUAGUUAGUAUCGAGGAAGAUAUUGAAAAUUUUAAUGAAAAUGUGUCCACAAACAAAUGCAUUCCACCUCUAAUCGAGAAAGAGACAGUUCUGGACGAAAUGACAAGGCAUGUACUCAACGAUGGAUAAAACUUACAAUAUCAAAAUUUAUAGCAAUAGAUUCCGUGAACAAGAAACUUCUCGAAAAAUUACAGGAUAAAGAACUUACCGUAUACAUAGAAUUGUUAUUAUGUAAUAUGACAAAUAUCGAAGAAACUUUGGUCAAGAAAAGUUUAUGAACAAAGAUGACAUACAAAUAAAUAUUGAUUCACAAUAAAUUUAACUGCUUUUUAGCAGAUUAUUUGCAAAAGUAGAAUUUUAACAAAAAUAUAUAAACAGGAAAAUACAAU